AUGCAGGCUCGCGUCUUCUAUUGGCGUCAUGUCCACAACAAACGUGGUUUGACCAUAGUUAUCUCGCAAGUCGGCUCUCAAAUCCCGAGUAGAGGCGAAGAGUUUCCUUGGCUUUUAAUGAGAACAUUGGAUGGGGAUCCCGCUAUAAGAUUGGGCGCAAGAACUGUACGACUGCUGCCAGAGAACACUUCAAGUUCGGAGUCUGCCAUCCAAGCACUGAAGUGGUUGAAGGAAUGCUUGCUUAGCAAAGAUUGUUUUGAAGACAUUUCACAUGUUGCCGACCAAGAUCUUGGACAAGUUCUUGCAGAUGCAAAUGAUGUUGUUUGCGAAUUCGACGGUCUACUGCGCCAAGCAAAGUCUGAUCAGACACUUGAACAUCAACGGCUCCAACUGUGCAAAGACAUCCAUACUCUCUAUCGGCAAAAGAUUAAGCCACAAGAUAUAAAUGUCACCAACGAAGAACGCGCAGCCAGGUUACUUGAAAUUAAUGAUACGGGAUCAACCAUCAGUCUCAGAUUAAUCGACGAUACAAGCAAGUGCAUGCCCUACGUUGCAUUGAGUUACAGAUGGGGUGGACUGGAAGCAGUUUGGCAAACAACAACAAGGAACUUGGAGUCACGCAAAUCAAGCUUCUCUAUUGUUGAGCUUCCAAGAACGUUAUCGGAUUCGGUCAAGCUCACUCACCAUCUUGGUUUCAAAUGGAUCUGGAUUGACAGCCUCUGUAUCGUCCAAGAUGAUAAGGAUGAUUGGGCUAGAGAAGCUGUCAAGAUGGCCACCAUCUACCAAAACGCCAUCGUCACUAUUGCCGCGGAUUCCAGUUCAGAUGCCAAAGCUGGACUACACAACAGCACGUCGACAUCCAUAUUCAACAUUGAAGACUCUAUUAGAAUCUGCAACAAGCUUUCCACCGGUGAAGACAGCACAGUCUACCUAUUUCCCAACCAAAAGACAAGAGUCGAUGAAUCAAUCACCAACCUACGAGAUAUGGGCGAUCUUCUCAGUCACUGCUCACUGCGAGACAGAGGCUGGACCAUGCAAGAGCGCAUUCUCUCACCACGCAUCAUCCAUUUUGCAUCUGAUCAACUUUACUGGGAGUGUUAUCAUGGGAUCCAAGAAAGUGAGGAUAAGCUCCUCUGGAUGGGUCGCAGCUUGACCAUUCCGAAGAUAGCGCACCGUGUGAAGUCUGCAAAGGAUGCUGAGCAGAAGAAAAAACAGUUGAAGAAAUUGCUUCAGUACUGGUAUGUUCAUGUAGUAGGAGGAGACUACUCACAUCGCUCUUUGACGUACGGCGAGGACAAACUCGUCGCUAUCGGCGGCGUUGCCAGGGCUCUUGACAACAUCGAAUCGAUGGGCUACAUGGUUGGUCACUGGGGAGAUGACGAUGAUGAGCUGAUCAAAAGUUUGUGUUGGAAGCGAGGCGGUCCUGGACAGAAGGCUGCUAAGUAUCGUGCGCCUUCGUGGUCUUGGGCUAGUCAGGAUUCAUUCGUUGACUUUGGAGGUUACAGCCUUGUUGGUAUGUACGAUGAGGAGAUUGUAGCUGAGCCCGUGGCAUGGCAGGCUUCAGCCCCAGAUAUGACAUUCUUUGGACGGUGUACCAAUGCCUACAUCCAGAUUAAAGCAAAGUUCGCACGUGGAACAGUCUUCCCAAACUGCGGUCACGACUUUAGCAACUACCACCAAACAGGAUACGACGCCGGAUACAGCGUUGAUCCUCCGAAGGAGAGGUGUGCGUUCCUCAUGCUUGAGGGAGGAGAGACAUCUGAUCUUGUAUGGUUGGAUGAGAGUCAAGCUACCCAUGAUCCAGUACGGGACGGCAUUGAUGUCAAGGUGGUGAUGCUCUCAGAGAUUCGAACCGAAGGUGAAGAGCCAUAUCCCGGGGCCUGUCUGAUCUGCACUCUGGAUGAGAGAUACCACUUGACUAGGAUCGGGUUGACCGAGAGUGUCAAGCCGUGGAAGGAGGGGUUAAGGAGAGAGACUCCUCCAGUUACUGGGCGAAAGCUUUGUGAUAAAGGUGCUAUUGAGCUAAUCAUUAUCUGA